AUGCCCGAGACAACAAAGACCAUCCGUGCCGACCACAAGAAGUGGAAAUGCAACAACAAUGUUGAUAAUAAGCCCUGCGGCAAGAUAAACGACAUGAGCAUAUAUCUCUGUAAUUGUGGUUCUUGUCGCAAAGCCGACGAUGAAGCUUUGACGGCAGAUGGAUCCACCAUUGGAAGAAUGUACAAGUUACACGAUGACUUGUCUGAGGAUUGGGAAUACUUUAGUCCUCAGAAACUUUAG